AUAAUUUUACACCACAAAGAAAUAUUAACUAUAAAUAAACAAUUUUGGAUCAAAUAACAUUUCUAGAAAUUUGAGUUUAGCCUAUAAAUAGCCAUUGGUAUUUCUAGUUUUCUUCUCUUUGUCAUCUUCAAAUUCUACCAAAAAAAACGACCAAAAAUAGCAAAUGCAGUUCCAGCUAUUGAAAAGCUCAAACUAAAUGAACAAGAAAUAAGUUAUCCCAUUGAAGGCAAAUUGAUGAUUCUACGCUUACAAUCUCACUAUUCAUUCCGACGUUUCAAAAUAACUACACAGAGGUAACAUGCAACCCCAAAAACAAUUCAAACGAAUUGAACAGAAUGUUCCUGCAUCCACCUUCUUCUUAUUCUUCUCUCGGUCGAUCGCAAAUUAGAGAGAACAACUUCGAAGUCGAAGGCAUUUCGUAAAAUUUUAAAAACAUGCAGAAAGAUAGCGGCAGCAAACCGAGCUUUGCGCAGAUUGUUUGGGCUUCUUCGAUUGGAUUGAUCAUCAUUGCAGCAAUGCAUUAUCGAAUCAGGAAGCUACGGGAUCAAAAGAUCAUCCCUCGUUUGAAAGUUUCAGAUACGGGCCGCGUUGAAAAGCUCGAGAGCUUUCCCCAUUAUGUAGCAAGGCAAAUGGGAUUCAAGGAUAUAAAUGAGUGCCCACAUCUCUGCAAGUUAGCCUCAGAGUACAUAGCCAAAUCCGACGAAUGUGAAGAUGAUAUCUAUUCCUUUUUCUCAAGCGAGCUGCACGCAGAUUCACUCUUCGUCAAACUUGUGGAAGAAUUUGAACGAUGCAUUCUCAGUUACUUUGCGUUCCAUUGGAAUCAAACGGAUAUUAUGAUUAGCCAGAUUUUGAGUUCUGAUCACCAGGAGCCGAAGAAGAAGCUCAGAAACAUUGUAAUGGCUGCAACCAGGGAACAGAGGUUUCAGAGGGUGACAAAGAACCUGAAAGUUGCAAGAGUGUUUACAACUUUAGUUGAGGAGAUGAAAGCAAUGGGACUCGCAUCCACCGACGACUCUCAAUGCACCGAGGUGAUGGUUCCGAUGGCUCACGCCGAUAGAAGUCCAAUGCUCCUCUUCAUGGGCGGCGGGAUGGGGGCAGGGAAGAGUACUGUGCUCAAGGACAUUCUCAAAGAGCCCUUCUGGGUAGGAGCAGGACCUAAUGCAGUAGUAAUUGAGGCAGAUGCUUUUAAAGAAUCAGAUGUAAUUUAUAGAGCUCUUAACUCAACAGGCCACCAUCACGACAUGCUCCAAACAGCCGAACUGGUGCACCAAUCAUCCACAGAUGCAGCUUCAUCACUUCUAGUGACAGCAUUGAACGAGGGACGAGACGUAAUCAUGGAUGGAACGUUGUCGUGGGUACCGUUCGUAGUACAGACAAUUACGAUGGCUAGAAACGUCCACCGCCGACGUUAUCGAAUGGGAGUUGGCUAUAGGGUCGAGGACGAUGGCACUGUAACCGAAAACUAUUGGGAACGAAUAGAAGAUCAAGAACAAGAUCGAGUUGGGGGCAAGAAAAGAAGACCAUACAGAAUUGAACUUGUUGGAGUUGUUUGUGAUGCUUAUUUAGCUGUCACAAGAGGCAUAAGGAGAGCUCUCAUGUGUAGAAGAGCAGUAAGAGUAAAAUCUCAACUGAAAUCCCACAAGAGAUUUGCAAAUGCUUUCCUAACAUAUUGUCAAUAUGUUGAUACUGCAAGGCUAUAUUGCACCAAUGCUUUGGAAGGCCCACCAAAGCUCAAAUUGAUAGGCCUCAUCUUGGUUCCUAGAAGUACUUCUGAGCUUGGAAAAUUCAAUGUAAUAAUGCUGCUACUAUAGUGUCUCAAUUUAAAUAUGUUUGUACUAUUGUAUCUUGAUUUGGUAUGGCUAGUACAGAACCAUGUAAGACACUCUUUAUUCCCAAGACUCUAGUUGACUCUUCUAAGUUGUAUCCUGUCGAGGAAGCUAGAUAUUACAGGGAAUUGUUGGUGCAUUUCCUAACUUAACCUUCAUAACACUAGACACUUUAUGCUGCGAGUAUUUCACAAUAUAUGCAUACCCCUGUUUCUACCUGGCUCAUUGUCGUUAAAUCCUUUUUUCGAUAUCUAAGGAGCACAAUGAAUUCUGAGCUUUUCAUUCAACAAAUGCAAAUCAAAAUUCUCAAAUUCAAAACACAUAUUUUUCAUAAAUAUAAUAAGUCCUUGACGUUAAAAGAUAGGGAGAAAACUAAGGCUG